CAUAUGAAAGAGCCUACGCAUUGGCAAAAGAGAAUCUCUCCCCUUCUUUUUUUUCUCUCUUCUCUUUUCUCUUGGUGGCUUUGAGAGCAACGACUCGUUCACUAUAAAACUGCCAAGUGACUAGCAUCCAGUCUUGUUACCUUCGCUUCCUGUCAUCUCUUUCUGUCAAUUUUCUUUUUGUCACCCUACUUCUGAUUCGUUACGCCUCUAUGGAAGACGAUGAGUAUGUUCCGGUGGAAGCCAAGGAUUUUUAUAAGCGAUAUAGUGCACGAGCGUUGUCACCAGAGAUUGUGGAGGUAAAAGAGGAGAUAGAAGAGGAGAUAGAAGAGGAGAGCAAAGAAGAGGAGAUAGAAGGGGAGAUAGAAGAGGAGGUAAAAGAGGAGAGCAAAGAAGAGGAGAUAGAAGAGGAGAUAGAGGAGGAGAGCAAAGAAGAGGAGAUAGAAGGGGAGAUAGAAGAGGAGAUAGAAGAGGAGAGCAAGAGUUGUAGUACCGCUGCGGGCGGCACUAGCAUAGAUAGAGUUUUCAAGGAUGUAUAUGUUGCUGUUGGUAAAGAUGACACAGAUGUUCUGAAAUGGACGCUUGAUAAUGCUGUUUCCCCUGGCACUCGGGUUUUUCUAGUCCAUGUCUUCCCUCCAAUCACCUACAUCCCUACACCUGUUGGGAGAUUAGCAAAGAGCCAAUUGACUGACGAUCAAGUGAGAUUAUACAUUAAUGAAGAGAGUAACAAGAGGAGGAACCUGUUGCAGAAAUAUGUGAGCUUGUGCAAUGAUGCUAAGGUAACAGUGGAGACAAUGCUCCUUGAUAGCAAGGACACAGCAAAAGCAAUUCUUGAUCUCAUACCUGUUCUUUGCAUCAUCCACCUUGUCAUAGGAACCAAAAGACCACCUCACUCAAGGCUAGUGCGGAAAAAAUUGUCAUUAGGAGAGUUUGUUAGGAAGAAUGCGCCGGACUUUUGUGAGGUUAGCAUUGUUCAUGAAGGCAAGAAGGUGGAGGCCGAUCAGCAUGUAAAUGGCCAGAUCACGCCGGCAAAUACUCGCCACCCUGAAAGAAGCUUCUUCGCAUGCUUUCCAGACAGUGCGCUGGAAGACCAAGAUUUCUUAAGCAGCAGCAACAGCAAAAGCGGUGACAGAGAUGAUCAAACUAACUCAGUUAUGCACUGUGUAAAAUGGGAGGGCCAAAGACUCAAGUUUAUGACAGAGAUGAAAUGGGAAGGUAGAAGACUGGCAAGCUGAAGAUGCAGAACAGGACCUGUUAGUUAACAAUAAUUAUAACCCCAUAUUUGGUUGUUAAUUAGAUGAAGAAUUAGAAUUAAUAAUGCAGAAGACGGAAGAUUGAAGAUGGAAGGAAAAGCAAGGGAGGGUUUCAAGUUUAUGAAACAAUCCCAAGUCCCAACAACUCAAUGUGGGGGGGACAGUAUUUUUAUGGGGAAAGAGUCGAAGAGGGUCUAAUUAUAACAAACAUAAAAGAAAUUAUGUAGGAAUGAAAUGAGUUCAUAUUUUUUUUCA